AUGCUUGGAUUUUCAUUUGGUAUUUUGUCUAUUCACAGUAUUCAUAAUGAGCAACCUAAGCAGAUGGGUCUAAAGGAGUUGCUGCAGAUUCUAAACACGCGUCCAAAGGAUCAAGAGCUCUGGGGACUUGUUGGGAAGGGAUCCAUAAUUGGCACAUUUGGUGCUUCUAGUUCUGCCUAUGGAACAAACAACAAAUUGGUCAAACUUGAGAAGUGGGGCCCGGAGGUUGGUGUGACGGUGGUUACAGUGGUGUGGGCUGGUCAUGUAGAGGACGAAGAACUGAAUGCUUUGAGUGAAUACUGGAAACAAGGUGGCAAAAUAACUUCUCCUUUUCUUGGGCUGAUUGAUGCUAUGUUCUUAGGGGAGUAG